GUCCAGAGUUCUCAAGGCAUUACCAUAUGACUUAGUUUUCAUAUUCCAGUUUUGGAGUUUAAUGAUUGCUAUUUGGAGGGGAGGGAUGAAUAUCAGCAUGUACAGAGCAUGAGAACUCAAGCUUAUUUCUACUAUGCCUUAAGAAGAAAUGUUUGUCAGUGGUAGAGCUGUUGGAGCUUGAAUUAUAAUUCAGCCUGAAUGAGUACAGAGGUAUUUCUCUCUCACUUAUCCUUGUGCAUGUAAGAAUCUUGACAGGUACGGAGAAACAGAUCACGAUUCUCAGAGGAGUGGAAAGAUGGUGAUUCCCCCUGUGACAGAGACACAGUAGCACUUCUUUUUUUUGUUUGCCAUCCCUUGUCAUGAUCCAGCCCUGUUUUGCUGGACUUUUUAUUUUAAUUAGACAUUUUGCCUUGAUCAUACCAGGUAACUAAAUGUCUGUAUCAAACAUAAUCACAGACAAACUCUUUUUUUCAGCAGUUUGAGAUUAAUAAGUAAAAGUGCUGUUAAGGCAGUUAUUAUUGAGUAUGAUAUGCUGAAAGCCAGAGUACAAAAACACUGUAUCUGGAAAUGUUAUGAAAUCCUUUUAAAACAAGAAGUGGAUUCUCUUUACCACAGUGCGAAUGAAUCAUCUUGAUCAAGCAUUCUUUUCUAACAUCAAAAUACGAUGAUAUAUAAAAUAUGAGAACGAUUUUCAAAAAUGUAUUUUUAUUUUCACCAUGGAAAAUUACUUCUGUGCUCAUUUUUUCCCAUUGCUAAACCAGAUUAAUGACUUUCAGCCCUGAUUGUUACUGUCAUUGGUCCUUCAUACACGAAAACAUGUGCAUGUAUAUGAACAAAUGCAUUGUAGUUCUUGUCAUGUGAACAUUAUCAAGGUAGCCAGUUCUGCAAACUCUCAUGCAUACAAGUAAGACAUCAUUUGAUCUAGGUGUAAUCCAGUCAUUUCACAAACAAAGCAUCAAACAGAAAAGGUACCCAACUGCUGGGCCUUCAACAACCUUGACAGUGGCCUAGACUACUGAUGUGUUGUGAUUGCUGCCCAGCUGGCUUACUGACAAUGUCCCAUUGCUUCCUUAUAAUCCCUCUCUGUUCCUACUCCUUUAUUGUUUUGGAAAAACAGGCUGCUAAUAACAACAUGUGAUAAGAGUGCAGACUAAACUUUAGCUUUCAGUUGCAUCUCAUUGGGAAGAGCAAAGUAUUGAAUCGGACCUGUACAGCACACAUGAGAAAAAUAACGCUUUUCUUAUUAUCUUUAAUUAUAUUUCAUCAAAUAACCUGAUUCGGAAACCAUUUUAAGCACCAUCCUAAGGAUCUUGUUGAGACACUUGCAGAAUAAGAAAUAUGUAAUUAUGUCUACUGUUUUAUUGAUGUUUGCACUGUAUUCUCAUUUCUCCAGUUAGCUGUUCCACAUAACUGUGAUUUUGAAAGCUUGACCUAAAUGUUUUCCUCUACAUUACUGCAGUAUAUCUUCUCUAUGAGCCUAUCAACAUACAUUAUGCUACAACUGAAAGAAGCAUGAAAAAUUAAUGAUUUACUAUAUUUAUAGGAUUCUCCGUGGUGAAGAUGGUCAGCCAUGGAAAACAUAUUGCGAUAAUAAUCCAACAGCUUGACAAAUUUAACCCUGAAAUUCAGAGCAUGGAGGAUUUCUUGAAUGAAUCAGCUAAAAUGUUGAAGACUCUUAACGUGACAGAACAAGAAUUUGUGUUGGAUACACUAGCUGGAUGCAUAAAAUACAAAUCCUUAUUGGAUGUAGUAGUCAAUGCCUUUUUUGUUCGGGAUGGGAGAUACUGCCUGAUUCCUGAGCGUAACCUCUAUAUAGUUAUUUGUUACCUGGCUACUUUUCAACUUGAAGAGCUCGGUCUCCAGCACUUCAGCAGAAUUGUGAAAUCUCUGGACACUGCAAAAAUGCAAAAGUUUCUCAGAUUCUUCUUCAAUCCGUUGUAUCUGAACACAUGGAUAAAAGAUGAAUGGAGUCGGUUCUACAGUUCACUCUAUGUAAAGGAGAACUGGAUUGACCCACUGCUGAGAUGGCAGCCAAAAGUACAGCAACUGAUUGAGCAGCUCACAGAUAAGUUAAGUAAUCGCACCACCACUGUCAAGACUUCGACGGUCACUCAGCCAAAGGAAUUUAAUUUGACUGUACCUAAACCACGUGCCAUUCCCAUACCUCUGCCGAUACCAGUACCGGAAAAAAGGCUACCUGUUCCUCCAAGCACCUACAAACCUCCAAAGGAAAAAAAGCAACUAGAGCAAAUCAGAACUCAAAAUCGACGAAAAGCAGAAGAUCUGCUCCUGAAAGCAAAUGCUAACCGGUUCAGGUGUGCAAUCAUGAAGCCUGAAAAGGCAGAGAAGACACAGUAUGAAGACGGUAUGAAGAGUAAACCUGCAUUUCAGGCUCGAAAGGUCCAAAGCAAGAUUGACAAUAUACCUAUUAAAUUAAAUGCUGCAGCUAUUUUAAGAGAGGGUGCCCUCUAUCAGCGGAAAAUGGAACAGGAGCUCAAGAGAAUUGAAAGUUUGCUGCAAGGGGCUGGAGACCCAUCUGAAUUCUUGGAAUGGCAAAAACAGAUGCGUGACAAAGAUCUGGAAGAACAGCUGGCUGAAAUAGAGUAUAGGAGGCUUCAAGGAAAACUGAGUUAUGAAGAGGCAGUUCUAGCCCAUCAGAAUGUAAUUCAAGAAAACAAGAAGAAAGCUGAUCUAAUGAGAGAAGAGAAAGCAGAUCUGAUGCACCAGUAUGAAGAGAAACGGCUGCAGGAACAGCAAGAAGUGAGAGAGCUGGUGGAGCAGGUCAUAGAAGGACACAAGAAUGCAAAGGAAGCAAAAAUAAAGCUCCAGAAGUACAAACAGGAGAUAGUUCAGAAAGUUUGUGAAGAAAAGGAAGAACUUCAUCGGCAAGCCUUAGAAGAAGAUGAGGAGAAGCUCAGGAAAAGAUCUGAACUAAUUCAACAAAUACGACUUAUUGGGUCCUUACCAAGCAUCAGACACAAGUUUGUUGAUUUAACAGAGACUGGUGGCCAUGGUUUAACUUGUGAAAUGUCAAUAGUGGAACUACAUGAACGCCUCGCUCUGCUCAGAGAAGCACAGAAGGCAGCAGAGGAAGAGAAGAGAGACCAGAUAAUUCAUGAAAAACAAGCUAAGGAACAACUUCUUCUAGACAAACUGGACCAGAUUUUGGUAUUCAGAGCAGAACUCAGCCGAGCAGCUGCUCUAAAGCAAGAAGAAGAGAAAAGAAAGCUCCAGUCUGGUGAGAGGCCUGUGAAUGAUGAGCGCAUUUUAAACCUGCAGAAAAAGAUUGUAGAAAAAAAAAUGGAGCGUAAAAAGCAAGAAGGACUCUCAAAGAUUACCCCCCAGAAAAGCAGCAUCGCAUCAAAGAAGGAUACUUUCCAAUGGAACCAUUGGAAUGAACUGGAAGACAGUCGGGAAAGACAGUUCAAGAUCUUUCAACAUGGCUUCACGGCCAGAGAAACAGCUCAGAAAAUGGCUGCCUAUGAGGCAGCAAGAAGUGGAGCCCAAGUCUGUAUAUUGCACUCUGAAGUAAAAUAAAAUACAAUUGGACGAAUUCAGGCCUGCUGGAAAUCUUCCAGUGUGCCUGUUUACUACAAAGGUGAAUUUUACUCUUUAUUUCACCUUUACAGUGUGAUGAGAAAAAUUUGGGUCAUACAGGCACAAUAGAAUAAAAAUGCGUUAAUUUUUUUGUAAUAGGAUUUUAUUUUUAUGCUACGACGACACAUUUUUUAUUGUUAGAAUCAAAAGCUUUAAGAAACCAAAACCUUGCCAUUGGAGCUCCUAUAUCAGAAUGGCAACUAUCUGAGUAAGAAUGCCGAGAUCUGUAUUUCUGUUAUCAUUGUAUACUGUGCCAUGGGGUUUGCUAUGCUCAUCUUCCAAAAGAAUAAAAAUGAGGGCAACAUUU